UGUUUCUGUUCUCUUCUCUUCUCAAAAUUUUUUGUUUCUUUUUGUCUCAAGCUAUGAACUUCCAUACUUUGAAUCUUCUACUUCUCUUUCUUCCUCUUACUUGAUCUUCCUAUAGCAUACUUCCAUCAUGGGUGAAGAUGAUAUAGUGGAGCUCUUAUGGAACGGCCAAGUCGUUCGAACCAGCCAACCACAAAGACCUUCCUCGGGUAAACCUUCUCCUACUCCACCCAUUCUGCGUGGUAGCGGAAGCGGCAGCGGAGAAGAAAAUGCUCCCCUUCCACUUCCACUUCUACAACCUCCACGUCCCCUGCAUCAUCAGAAUCUCUUCAUUCGGGAAGAAGAAAUGUCUUCUUGGCUUCACUAUUCUUACACUGGUGUCACGUCCACACCGGCUACUCAUCCGCAAAGUUCUGUUUCCCUGCCACCACCACCACCCAUUGCUCCGAGUGAAGAUGAUGUGGUGGAACUCUUAUGGAAAAGCGGCCAAGUCGUUCAAAGCAUCCAGACACAGAGACCCAUUCCUCCUCCCAUUUUCCGCGGCAGCGGAAGUGGGGGAGGUGAAGAAACUGUUCUGCCUCUGCCUCCCCUGCAUCCGUCUCAUCAAAAUAUCUUCAUCCAGGAAGACGAAAUGGCCUCUUGGCUUUACCAUCCCCUCCGUCAAGAUUAUUUUUCCUCUGGCGUCGCCUCUACUUCAGCUACUCGCCCGCAAAGUUCCGCCUCUCUAGCACCAACACCACCACCACCCAGUGUUCCCUACGGUCAGAUUCCCGUUGAGAGAAGGACAGAGAAUUUUAUGAACUUCUUGAGGCUAAGAGGGAACAUAUUUUCCGGCGGUAGAGUUGAAGCUGGUCCGGUGGUUAUAGAAUCGACGCAGAUAGGCUCAAGCGCGACCCCGUCGUCUUCAGCCGCUGAAUCCUGUGUAAUACCAGCGACUCACGGCACCGAGAGUAGAGCGGCGGCCAUUACCGGAGUAUCCCGUACUUUUGCAGUUCCUGGUCUUGGUCGGAGGGGAAAGGAGGUGGCAACCGAGACGGCCGGAACAUCAUAUUCAGGGGUAAACAAGGCCGAAACAGAGCGGGUUCAAAUACAACCGGAGAGGGAGACGAAAAUUACCGAAGAUAAGAAGAGAGAAGAAACCAUUGCAGAAAUCCAAGGAACUGAAGAAGCUCAUGGUUCAACGUCUAGGAAGAGGUCACGAGCUGCAGAUAUGCAUAACCUCUCCGAAAGGAGACGGAGGGAAAGGAUCAACGAGAGGAUGAAAACUCUGCAAGAACUCCUUCCUCGCUGCAGAAAGACUGAUAAAGUUUCAAUGCUUGAAGAUGUUAUCGAGUACGUGAAAUCGCUACAGCUGCAAAUACAGAUGAUGUCGAUGGGACAUGGUAUGAUGCCACCGAUGAUGCAUGAGGGGAAUACGCAACAGUUCAUGCCCCACAUGGCCAUGGGGAUGAAGGGUAUGAACCGGCCUCCUCCUUUCGUACCGUUCCCCGGCAAAACUUUUCCUAGGCCGGGUCAUAUGGCAGGUGUAGGUCCAUCAUACCCAGCAUUGCGCUACCCUUUUCCAGACACACAAGCCUCUGACCUAUCCAGAGUCCAUGUACCAAGUCUGCACUCUAACCCGGUGCCAAACCAGCCUCGGUUUCCGGCUUACAUAAAUCCCUAUAGCCAGUUUGUUGGUCUCCACCAGAUGCAACAACCUCCUCUUCCAUUGCAGGGUCAACCAACAUCACAGCCUAGUUUCAGCCACGCAAGUACUAGCAAGUAACUUGGGGAUCAGGACAACCAACCAACAAGUUAGUAGGAAUCAGGAACAGCCAGAGGCUUUUCUUGCCGGAUACAUUAAUGGUCAAGAUUCUGACAGAUGGAUCUCCAUUGUGUUAUUGCAAGUUGAUGUUGAAGAGUUAAAAAAAAAGGAUCUGUUCUCUAAGAAAAGCACAAUUUUGAAGGUGCUAACAUGCAAAUGUUUUUCAGAAAAUGAAAAUCUAUUUCUUCGGAG